AUGGAGGUUCUUAGGAAUGUUAGUCUUUCCAGCGAAAAGGAUAAGUGGUAUUGGUUUGAUGAUAAACAGUUUGGUUUCUCUGUGAAGUCGGUCAAAAAGUCUUUGACAGCGGAAAGAGAAACGAGCCACCCUCCUAACUUUAUAUGGUGUAAAUGGUUGCCCAUCAAAUACAAUAUUAUGGCUUGGAGAGGCAACUUAGACAGACUUCCUACGAGAGUCAAUUUAAGAAGGAAGAAUGUGGAUAUCCCCUCGGUCUUGUGUCCGUUAUACAACGAUUACGAGGAGACGGUGGAUCAUUUAUUCACUACGUGCUCGGUGGCUUUACAGGUGUGGUCGGUUUUCAGUGUUUGGUGCAACAUUCCGCUGCUUUUCUUUUUUGAGUUCAAAGACAUUUUAGAAAGUCACAAGCUCAUAAAGAGUGGUAAGAAGGCGGAGAAAAUCAUCUACAGGUUGGGGAUUAUAGCUUGUUGGUGUAUAUGGAAAGGUAGAAACGAUACGAUUUUUAAUCAAAGGAAAUGUAGCUCGAGUGACAUCAUUAGGGAGUUCAAAUCUAGGGGUUAUGCGUGGGUUAAAAACAGAACUUCUUGUAAGUAUAUUAUAUGGGCGGAUUGGUGUAAAUAUCCCCUGUACAUGUUGUAA